AUGGGUGUCGUUCAAGAGAUCCUCAACUUUCCCCGGGAGCUUGCAGGCUCCCUGAGGAUGUCAAGAACGCAAGCACUGGUCUUCUUUACGUCCUGGUGGUGUUGGACGCUGGCCUCCGCCCACUUCUACUUCCUCCCUUACACCCAGCCCGAUCUUGCAAAAGCCCUGGGCGUUGAGACAUCCAAGGUGGCCUAUGCCAACACGACAUCGAUGCUGUCUCGCGCCCUGGGAGCCGGGAUCGUGGGAAUCGUGUCCGAUCAGUAUGGGUGCAAGAUACCGUUGAUUGUUGAUCUAAUACUCAUGGGUAUUUUCACUCUUUGUACUGGAUUCGUUCACACCUACGGACAACUAGUUGGCGUUCGGUUUCUCUUCGGAAUGACAUAUGGUGGAAUGUACGGGGUGAAUAUGGCAGCUGUCUUGCAGGCUGUCCCUCGUCAUGCACGGGGUACUGUCGCCGGGUUCACGCAGCAGGGUUUCGGUGCAGGAAACCUGAUUGCAUCUGGGCUCCAUUUCGGCAUGGAUAAGUACGGCUGGCGUCCGCUCUAUUACCUCGGUGCUGGUCUCAUGGUCACCGCCGUUGCCCUUCGAAUCAUAACGCCAGACUACAGCUUGGUCGGGCCGCACGGGAACGACGCUUCGCCUGAUGAUGUUGCCCACGAACAAUCUAGCCCAUCAGGAAAGCUACCGUUCUGGGUCAAAUUUCGCUUUGCCAUUACUAGGCACUGGCCUAUCUUCAUCUACUGUACUGUCCUGACGGGAUGCUUCAACACUCUAGGUCACGGACACCUGGAUGUUUAUCCCUCAUUUCUAGAGAUUCAGCGUGGUCUCAGCUCUCGACAUGAGACUUAUGUCACCGUGAUUCUCCAAUGUGGCGGAGUGCUCGGCGGCAUCGUGGGAGGAUACAUGUCAAGAUACAGCACUAAAUGGGUUCCUUUCGGCUUCGCCAUUUCUCUUGCUCCCAUGCUUCCGGCUAUCAUUUUGCCGACGCGCUGGAACAAUCUUGCAGCUGCGGCCUUCUUCUUCGAAUUUUCUUACGGAGCCGCCAUCGGUAACAUUGGCAAUAUAUUGCAAAUGGUCUGUCCGCAUCCAGGCAUCCGAGCUGCGUUUGGUGGUGUCUGCUACAACCUUGGCAACGCUAUCUCGUCCAUUGCUCCAACAAUCGAGACCAAGAUGGGAGAUAGCUUGCGGACUAAACAAGAUACUCCUAACUAUGGACACAUAAUUCUCAUUCUCGCUGGUAUUGUCAUCGGUCUGCUUUCAUUGACACUGGCUUGCAUGCCCCUGAAGGACGUCAACCUUGAAUGGGAUCUUGAAGAUCCCAACAAGGUUGUACCCGCUCACGAUGAACAGAAUAUGAAGAUGGACUAUAUCGGCGAUGAGAUCCAGCCGGCCCGCGACAUCGAAGAGCAGACACCAGCCAAAGGAGAUGAGCAUGGUCGCGUAGAGCACAUUGACCAGAGCCCACAAAAAGUCUGA